AUGCAGGGUGAAGAAGCGAGGGCAGUCGCUGCGUCAUAUUGUGAGGAGCAGAGCUUCUUUUCCAAGUCUCUUGGAUUUACUCUCACUCUCACUGAGACAGCCGCAGCGGCUCGAAUCGCAGCCACGAAUCGAAGAGCGAUGCCAUCUUUCCAGUUCGAAGCGGAGUACUCGAAAAGCGGACGCGCCGCAUGCAAAGAAUGCAAAGAAAAGAUCGAUAAAGAUGCUGUCCGAAUUGGCGUGAAGAUGGUUGUGGACAUGGAGGGUGCGGCGGGCGCGGAUGCGGCGGAAAGGCAAAAGGGGCACGCUGCAGAGGCGACAAAGUGGCAUCAUGCAGGCUGCUUUCCAAAGAUCAAGAAGCCAGCUUGGUUUCGUCAACACUUGCCAGAGAAUGAUGAGGACAUCACUGGGUUUGACAGCCUGAAAAAGGAAGAUCAAGAUCGAGUCAAAGAAGUCUUGAAGACCUGCAGGGGCGAGAACGCUCAGGAUGGCAAGAGAAAGCCAGACGCCUCGGACAGGCCUUCGAAGAAGGCAAAGGUUGCCGAGGAAGGGAAGGAUGCUGAAGCGAGCGCUUUGUCAGCGCAGCAGAGGGAGGCCAUCGAGACUCUCAAGGCAGAGCUCUCCAAGAAGAGCGUCGCUGCCCUGGGCUCUAUGCUUCACAAGAACGGGCUUCCCAAGUCCGGGCGGAAGGACGAGCUUCUGGAACGCGUCGCCGAAGCCAAGGCUCUUGGUGUUCCGCCUGUGUGCCCAACUUGUGACAAAGCCAAGCUCCGAUUCUCAAGAGUCUCCGGCGACUUCAGCUGCCCGGGAUUCUUCGACGACGAUGCCAAGCGCCACAAGCGUUGCAAGGGUCCCAGUGCCGAAGCCAUGCUUGUGCGCACAUGCUGGCAGGAGAUGGGGGCAUGA